CACACAGGGUCUCCAUGUUGUAAAUAAAGGCUGAGCAAGGCAUAGUGGUCACGUCUAACUUUCUUCGCUGAUAUUUCUGAGAGAUGAGUCUGUGCAUUGGUUAAUUUGUAGUAUAUCAUUAAAGUACGAAAUGGGAAAGCGGUAUUAUUGCGAUUACUGUGAUCGUAGCUUUCAGGAUACACUGCAUAACAGGAAGAAGCAUCUGAACGGCGUUCAGCACCAAAGAUCCAAAAAAGCCUGGCUGGAUAACUUCAGAGAUGCUGCUGCAAUUUUACAAGAGGAACGGUCAAAGCAACCAUGCAGGAAGUUUCAGCAGACAGGCCAGUGUGUUUUUGGCCCUAGUUGCCGUUACUCUCAUUCCUCUGAAAAGGAUAUUAUGGCUUUGGAGCAACAGAUUGAAGAUGAAAGGUGUCAGAAGGCGGACCCUGAGCUUGAUGAAGCCUCUCCUCAACCUUCAGUAGAUGAGUGGCUUUCCAGAAGAGAGAAGAACAGGGCUGCUCUGAUGGUGGGAAGGUUGUCUUUUGUUUUGGGAAGGACAGCUCAGGCAGGAUUUGAAACCAAGCAACUUCUGAUUGAAAGGGAGAUGUUUUCAUGUGUUUUAAAAGCAGAGGAGGAAAAAGGAGCUGAAAGUAGUGAUGUACCACCAUUUUUGCUGUCUGUUCCUGAUCUCCCUCCAUCACUUCUUCCUCCCCAGCACGGAGGAUGGAGAGGGACCAUCCACAAUGACUGGGGUUGAAAUCAUAUCUUCAUACAGCUUCUAUAAAUAUGUGUAUUAUUUUAUUUUUUUUAGUUUAGUUUUUAGCCCGAUGUCCAGCAAAGUUCAGGCAUUCCCUACACAAAACACACCCAGAAAACCUGGCAAGUAAUAAUUAAAUCAGGUGUGUUUGAGCAGAUAAAUUACCAGACUGUGCUGGGCAUCAGUGCUAAAAACAGGACCUGAGUUGUGCACCCCUGUGUUAGCUUGUUAACAUUUACAGCUACAGUAAUAUCUUAAAAUUAGCUGUUGGCUGCUUUGACCUUGAUGAAAUUUGUGACAACUAUAAAAAAUGUUCUUUGGAGAUUCCAAUACACAGAACAGUAUCAAUAGAGAGUCCUUUUAAAACCAUGGUUAAUUUUUACCCUUGACAGAAGCACUACCCUUAUAAAGUAAUCCAGUACAUGUGAGCUAUGAUCUACAGUGUUCAUUCAUUAUCCUGUUCAUUCUUAAAUAUCUUUGGAAACCUUUGCAUUAACACAACAUUAUUUAUAGUAACUUUUUAAAAAUAAGGCAUAACUGUUUUGUUAGUGCAAAUUUUUCCAUUCAACUUGUUCGUAUACCUCUGAAAAAUCGACCACCCUCCUAUAACCUGUGUAUGCUUACAUAAUGUAUGUACGUUCCCCAGUCUAUUUCUGCAUUCAUUCCCACAAUUUUCUUAUUUUUUUUUCAGCCUUUGUUGCUAACCUUUUGUUGUGAAUCAUUAAAGCCCUAUGUCCUA